GUGUCAGGUUAGGAUUCAGAAUAGAAGUGAAGUGUCAAGGAACUUCUGAUGUGACAGAUAUUCACUCCUCCUCCUGAGGACAUCACCCUUAAACUAUUAUUGCCCUGAGGAGCAGCGUUCCUUUUGCUACUCAUAGAGGAGUGAGGAACACUCCUCAUGGCGGACGACUACUCGCCGAAAGUAACCGGGCUGUCCCCUGCCGAGGGGUCGCCAGGAACCAAGGUCACGAUCCGAGGAGAAAACCUCGGCACAGGACAAAAUGACCUCGUCUCGGUGUCCAUCUGCGGAAUGGAUUGCACAAUGUUCUCCGAGUGGAAAUCCUCGCACAAAAUCGUCACCCGGACAAGGAUCUGCUCCGGAUCCGGAGACGUCAUCAUUACGACAAAAUCUGGUGGCAAAGGAACCUGUACCGUACAGUUCAGGGGAAUUCACGAGACUGUAUCACCCACGGUCGAAUCUGCCGUUUGGGUCGAUGAAGCCCAUCUUUUCCACACGCCGUUCCCCUCGAUGAAAGGACCAACUUCAUCAUCGUCGCUUUCGAAGGAGCUCAACUUGCUCGGGGGAGCCGAUCUGAAAGCUCUUAGUCCAAAGCAUGAAGCCAUCAUAAAGGCUCACUUCAAAGACAAGAGCACAGACGUCUUCGCGAGUAAUUUCAGCCCGGACUUGUACCUCCUCACGAAUCACAUGUCCAGCGGGUUUGAAAACUUGAAGAGUGGUCUCAAGGAGUUGGAGAGAAGAGUCGGAGCUCAACAAGAGGGACCAUCAACAUUCCUCAAGUCUAAUGUCUACGGAAUUGUCAAGUGUCUCGACGUUCUGAAAGAGCUCAACCGUCUGAUGAACAGAGAUCGCACCGAGAUGGGAGCGAGUCUGACUGAGGGUCUGAGUCAGGACCUCAGAAAAACUUUGGAGGAGGCGUCCUCGAUCUUCGAGGCCAUUCUGAGGAGGAAGGAAAACUCGGAUUCGAUGCGAACUUCCUUGGCAAUCCUGCACAAGUUCCGUUUCUUGUUCAAUUUGCCAGCCCAAAUCGAGAACAACGUGAAAAUGGGAGACUACGAUACGGUCAUUGGAGACUACGCUAGGGCACGCUCGGUCUUCCACGAUACUGAAGUUGGAAUCUUCAAACGAGUCUUGAACGAUGUCGAGGAAAAAGUCGCUGUUUUCAAAGAGAAGCUGCAUCAAGGGAUUCGCAAAUUCCCUGCGCCUUUGGAAGAGCGCAAAAAACUGAUCAGCUACUUGGUUCAACUGGAUUCCGAGAGGAAUCCGGGCCGGGAGGCUAUCGAGUACAAUCAUGAGUGGCUGCUGCAGCAAAUGGAAGAGCUGAAAGCACGACACGUGCAGCGGGCGCAAACGCUUGACAACACUCAGGAUCCGCCGCAAGUAGACUUCGUGCUCAGUCUGAGCCGAUUCUUCUGCACCCAUGCUCCGGAUUUCUUCAAGUUGCAACACGCCUAUCUGCACCGAGAUAUAGAAGGGAUGCAGUUGACGGCGUUCGAAGAGGAAGAAAAACGCAGCAGCGACAUGACGUUGAAGUUGGUAUCGACGCUGUGCCUCGAAGUUCGCGCCGCGCUCCUGCCAACUCAUACUUUGAAGCCGACCGCCGCGUGGCCUUCCUCCCGGCAACCGAUAGGCCCAUGGCUCCCGACGUGUCUACGUUCCGUGAGAACCUGUUAUUCAUGCGUGCUCAAAUUGGAUCCGCCCCAUGCCUCCGCUCGUAUGCAAAGUCUGAUCACCGAUUUGAGAGAGCACGCUAUGAUCUCCCUAUUCAAUCAAGCUGCUCAUGACAUCGCGAAACUUCACGAGUUCGAGACAUGGAGAGCGUCACCGUGUGAGGGUGCGGCAGGAUCAUCUCAGUUACCUCUACUUUUCGAGAAUCGAAUCAUAGAAGCUCUUCAAGUCAUCCAGGAAAACGUGCUCCAAGCCUCCGCUAGUCAAAUGUUCCAGCAAGCCAACGUCAAAGCAGCCAUAAAUCAGAACGUGCAAUUGAUGAUGUCAUCGUAUGUUGAUUCUCUCGAGAAGUCCCCCGAGCACGAGAAAAUAUCACGGGAGUCCGUCGAACGCGGUAUCGGGCUCGGUUUGGAGGAUAAAUUGCUCAUUACGCUCGCGAACAUCGCUGUGAGCAGGGAGCAAGUUUUGCCGCGUAUCCAGAGCGCAUUUCUGAACCAACAAUAUCCGGACAUUUCCGAUAUCAUCGCGAACGGGGAUCUAUUGCUGACCCAGCUAGAUCAGAGAGUUUUGCAACGUGUCAUUGGUUUGCUGCAGCGACCUUUGGUCGACUCAGUGGAGGACCUCAUGGAACAGUACAAGGUCGAAUGGACGUCACAGAGAACGCCGACCGACGUGUCGACCUACGUUAAGGAAUUACUGCUCGAACUCAUCGAGACUCAGCAACGCAUUCAUCGCAUCUCGCCAGGACUCGUGGAACGCGUGCUCCCACCGAUCGUGGCUUCCCUAUUCGCGGAGGUGGCGCGGCUCUGCGCUCAUAUCAAAACGUCCUCCCAGGGCAACCUCCAAAUUCUCAUUGACAUCUUGGCUCUGGAAGUUUCGUUGCACUCCCUCAACAGAAAUAAUUCCUUUGAAGUUUUGCAGCCAUGCAAGGACCGGCUAGGUGGGACCAUGAAGGCAAACAGGGAAAAAGUGGAAGACGUUGUGCAGCAGUUCAAGUUUAAUCAGAGACUCCAAUUGAUGUGUUUCCAGUGAGAAUAUUGCAUAAUGGAUUGGAAUACGUAUACGAGUAUAUGAAGACAUCGAGAGAAUUCAAUACAUAUUUAUUCCCCGGCAAUACUGUUACAAUC